AUGUGCAGGGCGUUCCCGACCACACUGAAGGGACCUGCGAGGGUCUGGUUCAGCAGACUGACACCAAACUCAAUCAAUACUUUCAAGGAGUUGAGCGCCCAGUUCACCUCCUACUUCAUUGGCAGACAUCGGUACAAGAGGUCCACCGCGUGCUUGAUGAGCAUAAAGCAGCGAGAAGACGAGACGUUGCGAGCCUACAUAACCCGUUUCAACAAAGAAGCCCUUUCGAUCGAUGAAGCGGAUGAUAAGAUACUGGUAGCCGCGUUUACAAGCGGGCUGCGGAAGGGGAAGUUCUUGUUUUCCUUGUACAAGAACGACCCGAAGACCAUGGCGGAUGUACUCUACAGGGCUACCAAGUAUAUGAAUGCGGAAGACGCACUGUUGGCCCGCGAAGAGAAACCUAAGAAGAGGGAGAGACAGGAGGAUAUGCGGCAAGAUAGGGGGCGAAAGGUCGCUAGAACCGGGGAUCAGCGUGAUGAAAGGCGUUUCAGACCCCCCACGGGAAGAUUCACCAAUUUCACACCAUUUACCGCCCCAAUCGGCCAAGUACUGAUGCAAAUCAAAGAUGAAGGAGCACUGACAUUCCCAGGGAAGUUGAAAGGAGAUCCCAACAAAAGACCAAGGGACAAGUAUUGUCGCUUUCACCGGGAUCACGGGCAUGACACUGCCAACUGCUAUGACUUGAAGCAGUAG